AUGGACCCUUUGGCAGCCCUGCCGACAGAGCUAGCGCUGAAGAUACUGGAGUGCCUUUCCUUCAGAUCAAUCGUAGCAGCACAAAGGAUCAGCAAGUCAUGGCUAAAUUUCGUCCGCUCCGAAUCAAGUCUCUGGCACCACCUGGACCUCACAAGAGCCAGGCGCGACUUUCCAACCCAAUUCACCGUAGACACUGCAAUCCGUGUUGCCGCCAAGGAAAUAACCGCCAUCACUCUCUAUGGCGAUCGCAUGCGUGACCAAGAUGAGACAUUUGAGAAAGUGGCACAGAGCUGUCCGCUGGAGAAAGUGGCUUUGAUGCAGACUGGAGUCAUCAACGAAGACCGACAACUUGCUCUAACGCUCCGCGAUCUACGAGGUCCGUUACGCGAACUGCGUAUGCACGCUUUGAAUUCCCACCCUGUUAAGCUCCGCUCUCUCUACAUCGAACCGCAUAUCGACACUCUAGAGCUUCUCGACAUCGACGGGUACCAGGUCAUGAGCGACCACUUCUUGACGAACUCCACGUUCCCGCGUUUGCACACUUUACGUGUUGCAGCGAAGGGCCAGCAAGGUUCAGGGGUUGUCGGUAUUGGGAGCAAAGCACAUCGAUAUACUGUACUGCGGAGCUUGGAGAUCAGCAAUAUAGACAAGAGACGGAACCCUUCUGCCUUCUCAGGAUUCACGAACCUUACGCGGCUGGAUCUGCGACAUCAUGUCAUUUCAAUGCGAGCUCUGAAACUACCUCCUUCUCUCAAGACCUUGAGAUUGGAUGCACAGGUGUCGAUCACGGCAGACGAAUCCCAAGAAGGGGAGCUGAGGUUCGAUCUACCGCAUCUGGAGUGUUUGGAGCUCUCUCUCAUAGGUAUCACACUCAAGGAUAUCGACAAGUUCCUGUGUGCAGCGCCUGGUAGGGAGGGUGAAGCAUCGUCCAAGGGGUCCAACUUGACAACUCUCCUCCUCUCGCACCUCGAAGAAUCCAGUUGGGCCGACGUACCGGUGCCUUUCACGCAUCCACGCUUGCAACGGCUUCGAAAUUUGAGGAUACACGAUACAGUUAGUCUUGAAGAUGCGAGACUGCAGAUGGUGGUCGAUCAGCUGAAGCACCUUCAAUGGCUAGACGUCUGUCGGUCGAGCAUUACAGAUGCCGGUGUCAGAUAUGUGGUCGAGCACAGUGGCGUGAAGAUGCUGCACCUGCGUGGUUGCGAAAGCGUCGGCGACGAAAUAGUGGAGUGGACGAGAGGUCAGGGUGUCAACGUAGGACGUUGA